AUGUACGACGUGAGCACCGAGUGCUGCGAUGACCCGUACCAACCGGUUGUGGGGCGCCCCUUCACCGUGUGGCUGAGCAACGCGCUUGCGCCCGUCUCUCUGUUCCUCACCACCUCCUCAAGGGGCUGCGAGACGGGGCGACACAUCCUCGAUGACACGGGCAAGAUGCAUGUCUCGUGGAGACAGAGGUCGUUCAGCUUUGUCACAUACACCGAGCCGCAGCAGCGAGUGUUUCUCUGUCUCAAGGAGGAGGGCUUGGAUGACUACGUGUUGGUCCCGCAUCGCUCCUUAAUUGACGUGGCAAACGACAGUGCAAAACAGUUUUUCACCAUUGUUCAAGGAAAGGACGGUGUCGCCUCCACCAACGUGAGCAGUCGCCAAACAAAUCCGCCGGAAGUCCCAACGCCAGUGAAUGCGGGGGCGCACACGGGCAGCGGCGCAGAGGCGCAGUGGAUGAUGCUGCUCGUUGUUGUUAUGCUUAUCCUCGGCGCGAGCAUGUGCGUUCGGGUUAACUUUUUUGCGAUGCACACAGGCAGGAAUGACAGGCGUGUGUGCAGACGAACGCAGGUGUGCGAGGAGGAGCGCGAGGAACUCGUGCCGCGGUGA